AAUCGAAGAAAAAAAUGGUUGAAUUUAAAUGCACAAUGUGUCCGAGAAUAUUUACGCAUAAAAAUUCUUUGGUUUAUCACAUGAGGGUGCAUACGGGAGUGAGGCCUCAUACUUGCGUUGAGUGUGGAAAAAGUUUCUUUGCCGCUAGUGCUUUAAAAGUUCAUUUAAGGCUUCAUUCAGGUGAUAAACCGUAUUGUUGCGAAUAUUGUGGUAAACAUUUCCGUCAAUGGGGUGAUUUAAAAUACCAUUGCGUUUCGAUACACUCCGACCACAAACAAUAUCAAUGCGAUUAUUGCGGAAAAGAAUUUGCUAGAAAAUAUUCGUUGAUAGUCCAUACUCGAAUUCACACGGGCGAAAAGAAUUAUAAAUGCGAAUUUUGUUGUAUGACAUUUAGAGCGUCAUCUUAUUUGCAAAAUCAUCGAAGAAUACAUACAGGUGAAAAACCCCAUUGUUGUGAUAUGUGCGGAAAACGAUUUCGUGUAAGAUCUGAUAUGAAAAGGCAUCUUUUAACGCAUAAUCGCAAAAGAAAUAUAUCAAGAGUACCCGACCCUGCCGAUCCUUUCAUUUCAAAGGAUGAACCAAAAACGGAAUCAAGCGAAAUGGUUGAUCCGCUUCAACAAGAAGAUGACUCGAUGGAUACAGAAUUGAAUCGCGUUUCAAGCGGUGGGAUUGAAACGCCUUCAAGUGGAAGUAUGCAAACGUUACAAUACGAACAUGACCCCCUCGAGGGUAUUCAAGAUAAUAAUACCCUUUAUGUUAUGCCGAUUUUAAUCACUUAAUGUAGUUGUUUAUUACUGUUCCUUUUCAAGUAUGUACAUACCAUAUUAAAAUAUUUUUUAGAUAAAAUAAUGGAAAAAAAGAUUAUUUUUC